ACAAAAAAAAAGUUUGUUGUUGUUGGUAAUGAUGAUGACCAGAAGAUGUCGUGAAUGAGUCAGGAAUAGAAGAGAAAGCGCUGCCGCUGCGUGAUGAAGUCUAGUUCCCCUCAGCCGUCGAGAACCGCUGGGUCCGCUGCAUUGUUUGAGUGAGCCCUCUUGCUUUUGCCUGUCUAAAAGUCGGGGUGUUCGUAUAAGCUCAGGCUUUCGCUGGAGUGUGAUGGAUGAAAAGCGCAGAGCGUCCUGUCAGUAUGGAUCCCUGGAAUGCACGAAAUGGAAAACAGACGUGGACCAAACAGAGGCAGAUGUGGUCUCAAUGGCCGACUCUACUAUCACAGUUGGAGACAUAGAGGGGGAACUCUGUAAGAUUGAACGGAUCAGAGACAUUUUGAUCAAGGAAUCUGAGCUAAGAUACAUGAUGGAUGAUAUCCAGUUAUGUAAAGAAAUUACAAGACUGAAAAAAGAGCUUCAAAAGCUUUUGUCUAUCCCAGAUAAUGACAAGUCUAAUGAAGACAAACAGAAGGAGGAAGAACUUCUGAAACAGAUUCAUAAAUUAGUGGAGGCCAGAGACUUCUUAGUGGAUGACGUGGAGUUUGAGCGUCUCAGGGAACGGGAGGAGGACAAAGAGAUGGCUGAAUUUCUUAAGUCCAAACUACCAAAAAGCUCUCAAAGCAAGAGUGUUGCUCGCAGUGGAAGGAGGCCGCCCAGAGCCCAGCAGACUGCUCCCUUUGUAACCAAGACAGGCCUCACUUUGCUGAAGGAGUGCUGUGGAUUCACCUGCUCUAUAAUGUAAAAGACACUCAGUGUCUCGGCAGAGGCAGCAUGAACACAGUGCAUUUUUGGAGCCUUGGAUAAGGAUGACCUUUUAACGACACCAGGAGACUCAAAGGAUACGAUGUGAACCAUCAGAGAUUUCUAAAAGACAAAGCUGUGACGUUGUCUAUUAAAGGAAUAGCAGUUGCGUAUAUAUAUUUUUUUUAGAUAUAUUUUUUGUCCGCACCCAUUUGCUCGCUUUCUACCUAACUCUAAUUUUUUCUUUGAAAAAUCCUGUUUCGUUGCAUUACAGAGAACAUUUUGUGUCCUCUCAAGGGUCCUGCUGUCAGCAGCUCAGCUAGUUUGCUGUCAUUCCCUACCCUUAUCUUUUCCCUCGUGAGACAUUGCUACGGCAGUGCAGUACCUGUGACUUCAUCAUCCAUAAAUGCUCAAGUUUCAGUAGAGGUUUCAUUUAGACUGCCGUUUCUUAGCCAAGCCAGGCUCAUUGGAAAUAUGUGCCUGUGGCUACAUUUCUGCAAAAUAACAUUAUGUUGCUUGCAUUCUUAUACAACACACUGAAAGUCAAAUGUUCCAGUGAAUGGCGCUAACUGCAUGUUCACUUUUAUUCUAAACAGAUGAACAAUGCUCGUU